UCAGUCGCGGCGCCUGGUCGCCGUCCGCCGUGACGUCCUCGCUGACGUUGGACUUGGAUGGGCGGGCUCGGUGGAGGCGGUUCGCACUUCGCAGAUGCCGCACGGCUCGUCGGCGUCGUCUACCUACCCUACUCCCGACACGUCCGCGCCAGCUUAAACCCGCUCCCGCCUCCUCGUCAUCCGGCAGCAGCUUCCCCCCGCUUGCGCAUCCCGUCGCCGUGCCCUGGCCGCUGCAUCGCACCUGCGCGGCGAGAUGGGGUGGAAGGGCAUCUUGGGGUUCGACUACGGCGUCGUGCAGGCGCCGCUCGGGCCCGACAUCUCCGGCCCGGAGCUCGUCGCCGCCGUUGCCAACGCCGGCGCCAUCGGCCUCCUCCGCCUCCCGGAGUGGCCGGCGCCGGACCAAGUGAGGAAUCUCAUACGGAAGACAAGGCGCCUGACGGAGAAGCCGUUUGGGGCGGCCAUCGUGCUGGCCUUCCCGCACGACGAGAACCUGAGGGUCGUGCUGGAAGAGAAGCUCGCCGUGCUGCAGGUUUACUGGGGAGAGUUCCCGAGGGAGCGGGUCGAUGAGGCGCACCGCGCCGGUGUCAAGGUGUUGCAUCAGGUUGGUAGCCUUGAGGAUGCAGCAAAAGCCAAGGAAGCUAGUGUAGAUGGGAUAAUUGUUCAAGGCCGUGAAGCAGGGGGGCAUGUGAUUGGUCAGGAAGGACUGCUACCUUUGUUGCCCAGAGUAUUGGGUCUAGUUUCAGAUAGUGGCAUUUCAGUUAUUGCCGCUGGUGGAAUUGUAGAUGGCCGUGGCUAUGCUGCUGCAUUGGCACUUGGUGCUCAGGGCGUUUGCUUAGGAACUAGGUUCCUGGCUACCGAGGAAAGUUUUGCACAUCCACUGUAUAAGAAAAGGAUAACUGAGAUGAAUUGCACGGACUAUACCAAUGUGUUCGGGCGUGCUAGAUGGCCUGGUGCUCCUCAACGUGUCCUGAAAACAACCUUCUAUGAUCAGUGGAAGAAUCUCCCAGAUCAAGAAACAGAGGAAAAUCAGCCUAUCAUAGGCCACACUAUCAUCCAUGGUGUGCACAGGGAUAUUCGUCGGUUUGCUGGUACUGUUCCUAAUGCGACAACUACUGGUGAUAUUGAUAGCAUGGUCAUGUACGCUGGUCAAGGUGUUGGACUAAUCACAGAGAUCAUUCCAGCUAGUGAAGUUGUCAAUAGGAUAGUUGCUGAAGCACAGCAUGUCAUCAGAAAAGCUUUCUGAUUUUCCCGUACCGUCAGAGGAGCACCAGUAAAUACUAUAUGUGGUAUUUGUGAGCUACGACCAACGAAAACGAAAGUAUAGCAAGUCCACAACGUUGUGCAUAGUAUAUCUGCAAAAUUAUACAGUAUAGCUUGCUUCCAUGUCUAUUUGCAAUAAGAACUAUUGAAAUGAAUGAUUUUACAAAGGUGUUCUCUUCUUUUGGCUUCUACUGUUCUACAUGCAUGGUGUGGACUAAUGGUCUAGUAGACUGGUACUCUGGUAUUUUGAAUCGAGUUGGACUUGGUUGGGGUCUUGCAGCUGGAGUAUAUGGCAUGUUUUUCUGUCCAGAAGCCAUUGAUGCACUGGUCGGCCCUUUCACCAACCUAAUAACUAGAGAGGGCUUGCUUCAGUUCUCUGGACCACUCUUCACUCCCCUGCCCAUCCCGUUGGGCUUCUGGCUAUAUCAUCCAUCGGAGGUAAAGCAGAGCCAAGAACAGUGGUGCUACAAUUUUUGGGACCAGCCUCUGAGGGCUGAGUUGGAUACUGACAUGGAUUUUUGUCCAUGCAAUGGUUGGAAUAUGUCAUUGAUUGAUGGCUCUGGAAGUAAUCAAGUGAAUGUUCACAUGAGCAGUGUGCUGAAUACACUUGAUGCACUUGCUUUAUGUUAAUCAGAUUAUGAGAGGAUAUGUAAAUGUAACAUUUUUUUAAUGGUUACCGGCUUAUUGCAGCAUAGGAAAAAUGUAUCCCAUCCAUAUGAUGUCGAACUCUAGUGAAAGCGUUUUCAGGUCCCGACGGUUUCGCUUGAUCAUAAUGCUUAACUCCGUUUGCCUGACUAUAACAGGAAUAGGGCCUAU